CACUUCUCACACACACGCCGAAUUUUGGCACUCGCUUUUGGACAGCUAUCAUUCUCUCUCCACCUGGGAACAUUUAGCAAUCAUGUCCACCAACGGUAAUCUUAAUCACGACCAGUAUGCCGCUCCGGUCCAGACAACAGAGGCCCCGGCCAACGUGGAGGGCGCUACCAACAACCUUCCCAAGGACGAGGUCGGCUGGUACUUCGUCGAGCAGUACUACACAACCAUGAGCAGGUCGCCCGGGAGACUGCAUCUGUACUAUGGCAAGAAGGCUCAGUUCGUUUGCGGUCGCGAGGCACAGGUUGUGAACGUUUCGUUCGGUAGACAGCCAAUCCAGGACCGUAUCAAGAGCAUGGAUUUCCAGGACUGCAAGGUCCGGAUUUCUAACGUGGACACCCAAGGCUCCGAGGAGAAUAUUCUCAUCACCGUCAUCGGUGAGAUGGCCAACAAGGACGCCGAGCCUAAGAAGUUCGUGCAAACAUUCGUCCUUGCUCAACAACCGUCCGGGUACUUCGUCCUCAACGACAUGCUGCGGUUCCUGAACGACGAUGUGGAGGAGGAGACGGAGGCGGCUACUGAGGAGUCCUCAGCACGUGUCGAGAUGCCCGCCGCCCCCGAGCACGAAGCCAAGACGGGGGCUCCCGCCUCCGAGGAGGCCGCCCAGGACGAGGCUCCCGUGGAGUCCGAGGCCGUUACUGAGAAGCGGGAGGAGACUAACGAGGAUACCCCCGCCGCUACCGCCGCGUCGGUUUCCGAGCCUGCCGCUGAGGCGGAGGAGGCUGCUGUUGAGGAGGAGGUGCAGCCCCAGGCCGACGUUGAGAAGACGGUCGAGGAGAUUGCCGAAGAGGAGGUUGCGAAGCCGGAGGAGCCCAAGGACCCCGCCCCUACGCCCGCCGUUGCCCCCGCUCCGGCCCGUACUUCAGCUCCCGCCCCCGCUCCCGCCCAGCCAGAGAGGCCCAAGGAGCCCCCCAAGCCGAUGUCCUGGGCCAACCGCGUGGCCGCUGGAGCCACGCGGCCCGUUGUCCCCAUCCCCAAGGCCGCCACGCCCCCCGCUCCGGCUCAGGCGCGCGCGCCAGUCCCUACCGCUUCCCAACAAGCUGCACCCGCCGUCCAGCCGCAGGAGAGCACUGCGCCUGCCGCCCCCAAGGACCAAGGCAGCGAAUGGCAAACCGCGGAAACCAAGCGCCAGAGCCGUGUUCACCCCGUCGCUGCCGCUCCGCCCGAGAAGGAGGGCGCCAUGGCGUACAUCAAAUACGUCACUGAUAAGGUCAAGGAAGAGGAUUUGAAAGCGACUCUGAACGGCUUUGGCGAGCUCGCCUAUUUCGACAUCAACCGCCAAAAGAACUGCGCUUUCGUCGAGUUCAAGACCCAGGCCGGUUACAACGCCGCUAUCGCCGCCAAUCCCCACACUGUGAACGGCGAGAACAUCAUCGUUGAGCAGCGCCGCCCCAAGGCUAACGCCUACGGCGGCGCCAACUACAACGCUUCUCGGGGCGGUUCCACGCGCGGUGGCCGUGGUGGGUUCGAACCUUCCCGGUCCGGCGCCCAGGGCGGUGGCCGCGGUGGUUUCACCGGCCAGUCUCGGGGUCGUGGCGGCGGCGGCCCCCGCGGACGGGGAACUUCCCAGGCCGGUGCUGCUUAGUUGGCAAGCGCCGCCUAACGUCUGAGCCGUCGCUGCCUUGCUCGCGAGGACCAAAGCUGGUCUCCGCAGCGAGCGACCGCCACGUAGACAUUUCGUUAAAUCGUAUCGACAUCACGGCGGGGGUGGUUUUAUGAGUGGGUGGGGAAGGCAUUCAUUGGUGCGUCAUGGAGUAACGGGGGUAUUAUGGAUGAGGUUAGGACAGGAAAACCGGCCAAAAGAAUCACUUAUGGAUGUCUCUUU